CUACAGUUUUGUCCCCCUUUUUUUCUUCAAAUUGACCGACUAAUGAGAGAUAAAGCAACAGGCAAAUAAGAAAAUAUCAAAGGAGCACUAAGCGUGGCACUUAAAAGGCUUUUCAGAUUUUUUUUUUUUUUUUUAGUUCAGGGCUGCAUGUAGACUGUAAAAGAAGGAGGGCAAUUUUCCCUGGCAUCGCUGCCUCGGUCUUGCGGGUGAGCCACCUGCAGUCAGUGGCGGAGCAUACCCGGUUGAAGUUGGAGGAACAGCCUGUCAGUGGGAGGUAACCUCACAUGAUGCCCCUUAUCAAUUCACUGUCUGUCGGCGUUUUAUUUAUAUAGCUAUAUAAAAGGCUGAGCGCUCGGGGCACUUUGAAAGGGACCGAUGGAUGCAGCUCGCCUGUGCGUAAUGGAGCCAUCUAAUUAAAGCCGACUAAUACACUCCGCGGUCCAGAGAAGGGGAGGAUAGCUGGACAAUCGACGUCUUGUGGAAAUGCACUCCAAAGAAUAAAUAUAUUCUGUCACAUCAAAAGGAGGCUUCAUGAGGAAAAUUCACGGAGCGAAGGGAGGGUGCAGGAGACAUGAAUGCUUUCAGUGAACUGUGACUCCCCUCCAGACUAGGUGCGGAAAACGUGCAGGAAUUGAGCUUUUUUUUUUUUUUUUUUUUUUUUUUCCCUCCCUCAGCUCUUUCAGACUUAAAAGCUGCUGCUAGAAGAUCCAAGUGAAGACACCUCCCAGGAUUUUCAUUUGCUUCGUUUCUUCUUAAAGUGUAUUAUUUUACAAAUGAAGAGCGACGCAACUUGAAGAGAGAUAUUGCCCUUUUAAAUACCCAACUUCUUCACUUAAUUUGUAGGAUAACCACACACAGGCGUAAUUCUGCGGGGCUGCUUUCAUCGGCGAGGGGAAACAGGAAAAAAAAAGAGUCUACGUUGGCUAAUGCGCUAAAAUUUCAAUCAGGCUUGAUGACUGAUAAAUAUUCUUAUGGGGACUUGAUAAAAAGUUAUAUUUGAAACGAAAGCGAGCGGGACGUAAAAGCAACCCCACCUCUGCCUCUCUAAGGAGAAAAAAGCUCUGUCUUAGCGUCUAAAUGACGAGCUUUCCAGGAUGUAGCUUUGAUGUGCCUGGGCAUUGACCAACUCGAGCUGAUGGGUUUGGAAAGGUCAGUUUUUAAGCUCUGAGAAAAGACAAAAGAGCCAUUAGGCUUGGAUUAAUUUAACUCUUUUUUUUUUUUCCUGAAAAUUUGGGAGCGCAUCGCCUUCUGGUCGGGGAGACUAGUUUCAACAAUCGCACUUGUCGGGCGCCUUGGUGGUGAUUUGCGUCUUGGAACAGGAGGAAAUAUCCAUUUGAUUUGCGGGGUAUCAUCACUGUGAGACUUUAGCAGCACGCCGUCCGGACUAAUGUGUGGAUUACGUACCACUUGUUUUUUUGUUUUUGCUUUUUUAAUUAGGAACACAGUGUCUUUGACAAGAAGACGACAACACGGAAUUUUGUAAACGCGCCGGAGAAUUGCGGAAUUUUUCUAUGCAGUUCUUUUUACGGGAGGGUGAGAGAGUGAAAGACGGACCGUCAGCCGCGAGACAGCAAGACAGACCUUCCAGACCUCUUGGUGGAAAAGCACCCAUGUUGGACUGGUAGCUGGAAUGAAAAUGACCAGAAGUCAAAGUACAAGUUACUGAACUGGCAGUUGGCCCAUAUCCUCAUGAAAAAGAGUGGAAGAACAGUCAAUGAAUUAUGAAUGUUCAACAAGAUGACCUCUUCCCAGCAGCAGCAGAUGAUGCGAGGUCCUAGGUGGAACCGGGCCUUGUCCGACCCUUUAUUUGUGCUGCUUCUAGCCCUCCAGCUGCUAGUAGUGGCAGGACUGGUGCGUGCUCAAACUUGUCCUUCUGUUUGCUCCUGCAGUAACCAGUUUAGCAAGGUUAUUUGCACCCGCAGAAGCUUGCGAGAAGUUCCUGAUGGCAUCUCUACCAACACACGCUAUUUGAAUCUGCAAGAAAAUCUCAUACAGGUGAUAAAGGUGGACAGCUUCAAACAUCUAAGACAUUUGGAGAUUCUGCAGCUGAGCAAAAACCACAUACGUAAAAUUGAGCUGGGCGCUUUCAAUGGACUGGCAAGCCUCAAUACCUUGGAGCUUUUCGAUAAUAGACUCACCACCAUCCCAAACGGAGCAUUUGAGUACUUGUCUAAGCUAAAGGAGCUUUGGCUAAGAAAUAAUCCAAUAGAAAGCAUUCCUUCUUAUGCUUUCAACAGAGUUCCCUCAUUACGAAGGUUGGACCUAGGGGAGCUCAAAAGGCUCUCAUACAUUUCAGAAGGAGCCUUUGAAGGAUUGAGCAAUCUGCGCUACCUAAAUUUGGGAAUGUGCAAUUUGAAGGAAAUUCCCAAUCUCACUCCAUUGGUCAAACUGGAUGAACUUGAAAUGUCUGGAAACCAGUUGUCUGUUAUCCGGCCUGGUUCAUUUAAAGGGCUUAUCCACCUGCAAAAGCUAUGGAUGAUGCAUGCUCAAAUCCAGACUAUAGAAAGGAACUCGUUUGAUGACCUUCAGUCACUUGUGGAGCUUAACCUUGCCCAUAAUAACCUAACGCUUUUGCCCCAUGAUCUCUUUACUCCUUUACAUCAUUUGGAGAGGGUGCACUUGCACCAUAACCCCUGGAAUUGCAACUGUGACAUCCUGUGGCUAAGCUGGUGGCUUAAGGAGAUGGUACCUGCAAACACCAGCUGCUGUGCCCGCUGCAGCUCACCUACCCAAUAUAAGGGCCGCUAUAUUGGUGAGCUGGACCAGAAUUACUUUCAUUGUUAUGCUCCCGUUAUUGUGGAGCCUCCUGCAGACUUAAAUGUAACAGAGGGAAGUGCUGCUGAGUUGAAAUGUAGAGCCAGCUCGCUGACCUCAGUUAGCUGGAUUACACCCAACGGUUCAAUAAUGACACAUGGUGCAUACAAAGUCAGAAUUUCUGUACUAAAUGAUGGGACACUGAAUUUCACAAAUGUUACCAUGCAGGACACAGGGACAUACACAUGUAUGGUUAGUAAUUCUGCAGGUAACACAACAGCCUCAGCCACACUGAAUGUGUCCUCUCCAGAGAACAGUAGCUUCAGCUACUUCACCACAGUAACAGUAGAAACAAUAGAAACACCUCAUAACGAAGGCUUCACCACCACUGUUCAACAGAAAGUGAGCCCCACAUCCUCUGCCAGUAUAUGGGAAAGUCCUUCACCCACCUCUACUACAACAACAACAGUUCGAACCCCACUGUCCACACGCGCAACAGAAAAACCCUACACAAUACCUGUAACAGAGGGCUCGCUCAACGGUUUGGAUGAGGUUAUGAAGACAACUAAAAUCAUCAUUGGCUGCUUCGUUGCAAUCACUCUUAUGGCAGCAGUAAUGCUGAUUAUCUUCUACAAGAUGCGGAAGCAGCAUCACCAGCAGAAUCACCAUGCACCCACACGCACUAUUGAGAUCAUCAAUGUAGAUGAGGACUGCGUAACAGGAGGCCCAGGCAUGGAGGGCCAUCUUACUCUGCCGUCUCUGGAGCAUGAGCACCUCAACCACUACAAUACCUACAAGACUGCCUACAACCAUGCCUCAGCUAUGAAUUCCAUACACAGCUCAGCUCACGAACCUUUGUUAAUCCGGGCCACCUCAAAAGACAAUGUACAAGAGACCCAAAUCUAAUACUUUUGACUAACUCAUAAAACUGUUGGCAUUACACAGUGGCAUUACUGACAGGACAGUAUUGACAACUGGUUUUGAGGACUGUCGCUCAAAUCUGGAGCAACACACUCAUGUUUAGCAAAUCACUGGAGUGAUUUUCAUUCAAUGACAUUGGGAUUUAGAAUAUGUCUACUGUUUCGAAAAGUGUCUUUACAAAACAGAAGUUAUUUAUUUAAGAAAAAAAUAUUGUGGUUGAAUCAAGAAAAAAGAUUAUUCUGCUUUUUUUUCAUCUAUUAAUACAUGUUAUUUUUCCUCCUCUCAUGUGAAAAUGAAUGGUUUACAAAUAUGCUUAAACUCUUUUAGAAGACAUCUGUUGGAAAAAAAAAACUAUCAUUACUUUUUAGCUGGUAUUUUAGUAUAAUUACAGUUUGAAUCUGAGUGGGUAAUUUCAUACUUUACACCUGUGAAGAAAAUCUAGAGCACAUUAGGGGUUUUCUCCAGCAGUGAAUGAAAUUAUUGAAUAACUUGUGGUCAUCUAAAACAUGCCUGUAUAAAACACUUGGCAAAGCGAAAGUGUCAGUUAUGAAUUCUGACCACAAUUCAAAGUUUUAAUUGGAACUGUCACAUACAUUAGGCACUCUCUGUUCUGCCAUGAAGUCACAUAAAGUUCUUGAAAAAGGGAAAUAGACCCUACUUAUGAAAGCUGUUUAAAAAUGAAGUUCAUUACUAAUGAUUUUAUGUUCUCUUAAAUUAAAUUUCAUUGAUCAAAAGGUCGUUCUGUCCCUAAUGUGAAUGCAAAAUACAAUUAUAUUUCUGACCUCAAAGUUGUCUUGACAGAAGUCCGUGCCUACUUAGAGGGAUCCUUUUAUUGUUAUUAAAAUAUACCAUUGACAGCAUUAAGAUUUAUUGCUGUUCUGAAAGUCAUAGCAGCAUUAAUAAAUAUUUUAGAAGCAUUAUUGUAAUUGAACGGGAUGGGAAUAGUGUCACUGACCCAUCCUGGCAAAAUUCUCCUUGCUUGAAAUGUUUCCAAUGUAUUCUGACCUCACAUUUACCUUCUAAUGCUGUGUUCCAGUGCAUAUUAAAGUGGCUGCUUUAAAGAGGUUUUUUAUUCUUGCUGGGACCUGUUACCUCUUCUGCAGUACUGCCAGGAGUGCUGUCAGAACCAGAGUGACGAGCUGAAGAAAAAGCUUAAACCCUUUAUACAGCUGUCUGACCACAUUGCUUGUCAUCUAUGUGCCACAUUUCCACAUUGAGAUGCUUGGCAGCCCCAGCUUCACACCCUGCCCCUGCCAACCAAAGGACUUGGCCCUGAGUGGCAAGGCUUAUGCUACAAGAGGCUUUAUGGUCAUGCAGAAUGUGUGGGAUCAGGCAUCAACCAGAUGUUUGAGUUGCACCUACCUUUUUUUUCUUUUUCCCUUAGCGACAACACAAUUUACAUUUUAAUUGAUGUGCCCAUGGGCUUUGUAUGGACACAGUUCUGCAGGCACUCAUAUCCAGGAAGCCAUUUUAAAGUCCCUACUGUGAAAAUUGUGCCAAGCUCCAUGAAUGCUGUGGUUAGACAGAUGGUCCAAGAUUUACUUUUAGCAAGUAAAUAGGGUUUCUUUUCAGCAGUAGGAUAUUUUUGGUGAAAGGCAUUGUUACACUGUUUGAUCAUAUUGAAGAAGCAUGACAUGUAUACAUUCACAGUACAUUUGCAAUUCUACCCUGGUCACUUAGAUGUUUAGAAUUUUGGGUUGUAUUCCAGGUAAGGAAUCAUGAAUUAAAAGCUUCCCCCAACUUCUGGUAAUUGAUAAUAACAGAGGAAUACGGUAGUAGAAAUCAAAGAGUUGUCAAGAAAUGCAACACUGACUUUGAAAACAAUACAUGGUGUUUAUAUAAUGGUUGUAUAAAAAAUUAAUAAGAUUCAGCUUAGAAUCUGUAUUUCUCAAAGGUGUAUGGAAUUUGAACAGCCUAUUCUCUGCUUUUGCCUAAACCAUGUUUUUUCUUAAACAAAAAUCAAAUCACAGUGUUGUUGCAACAAAGUAGCACUAACUGAAACAACUGCCAGGUACACAAAAAACUCUAAAAGAAGCACCAUUAAAUUUUCUUUUCUGAUUUUGCUUAAUUCAAGGACAUAUGGCCAGACUAGAGGGCAUAUAGGACCCAUGAGCAAUUCGGCAAGACAAUAAUCCUUACAAUCAUAGUUUUUCACCUUCUUGGAUGUUUUAUUUUUUUCAUGCUUUUACAGUCUGGAUUAACAAAAUGUGUAUUUUUAUGACAAAAGUACUGAACAAAACAACUCCAAUGUAAAUGUGAAAAUUGAUAUCUAUAAAAUGAUUAUCAAUAAAUAAAGAAAUUGCAUAAAAUAAAUGAUUGCAUAAAUAUUCACUCCCUUCAAGUCAGUAUUUGAUCAAAGUCUGGGCUUUGAACUGGCCACUCCAGAACAAGAUCUAUCAUUGUUUUCUUCAAAACAUUUUUAUGUCGCUGUAUGCUUCGGUCAUUCAUUGUCUUGCUAAUAGAUAAAUGUUCUGCAAAGUCGUAGUUCUCUUGCAGAUGGAAACAAAUUGUCCUCUAGGAUUAAUAUUAUAUGUUGCUCAUUUCAUUUUACCUUCUACCUCUCCAAGCCUUCCAGGAGCUGCUACACAGAAGCAUCCCCACUGCAUGAUGUCACCAUGACUUAAAAUUUGUGGUGAUGUGCAGUGUUCAACGUCUGCUAAGCAACGUACUGUCUGAUGGCCAAAGAGCUCCAGUGUUGUCUCAUCAGAACAAAUAACAUUCUUUAAUUUGACCAUGGAGUUUCCCACAGGCUUUCUGGCAAACUCUACUCAAGCUUUCUUCAAUGAAAAGAAAGCUUGAAGCUGGGCAACAUCUGAUAAAGAUUGCAACUCCUUCUGCGUAGUCCUGGGUCUCUUGAUGUCUUCUCCCAAUGGCCUCCUUCUUGCAUUAUCACUCAGUUUGUGAGUACAACCUGAUCUAGGCAGAUUUAUAUAUGGGUCAUAUUCUUUCCAUUUCUUGAUGAUGGAUUUAACUCGAGCGGAUGUUCAGUGCUUUAGAGACGUAUUUUGUUUCUGUCACCAAACAUUCAGUAACCAUCUUUUUGAUUUGCAUGGUGUGUCCUUUGGUCUUCAUUCUGGUAGCCUGGAAUUCUGCUUAACCAGUGAAUGGGCCUCCCAGACACAGGUAUUGUUAUAUUGCAAUCACUAGACAUACUGUCAUUGCGCUCAGGUGAUCUCCAUUGUACUCAUCGUGAGACUACAAGCACUAGUUGGCUAGACCUUUAUAGAAUUAUGUCCGUCACAUUGGAAGGGGUAGAUAUUGACGCAAUCACUGAUUUUAUGUUACAUAUUUUUAUUGAAUUGUCACUUUGUAGAAUAUGUUUUCACUUUGACAUUAAGUGGGCUUGUUUGUAAAGUUUGUUUUUUUAACAUUAAAAAAAUGACACAUCCAAGCGAGUGAAUACUUUUUCUCUAUGCUGUAAUUUACAUACAAUUAAAACUAUCAGCUGUAUUAAUGAUAUAAGAUUGAAUACAUAUUUACAUAAAAUAAGUAAAUUAUAUGUGUGGCAUCAUUACAGUAAAAUAUUCCAAUCUAUCUGUGGAUCCCAAUCUAUCAAAAAUCUUUAAAUGAGCCUUCCUGAAUAUUUUUGUUGCUGCCCUUCCACAGCCCAAAGUCAAUCGCCCACACCAAUUAAUUGUCUUUAUUUAUGAAGGGGCUUCAACAUAUUGGCGAUUUUUCCACAAAAGACCCACACUGUGGUACAAACUGUUUUAGACUUUCAAGAAAGUGUUUGAUUUGUUCUUAGAAACUGUAUAAUUUAUCGAAGGUGCAACACACAGUACUUUUGUGGUUAUUUCUGCUUUGGUAAUAUUACAAUACAAUGAAUUUAAAAAAUCGGUCAACUUUAAGUUCUACACAUUUUUACCUGCUGGACUUCUCACCCUUACUUUUGUAGAGUGUGGCACUUUUGUAUACCAUAGGAUGGCAACGGUACCAGUCAUUGUUUUGUCUAAGCUCUUAGAGGUGGAAUUUAGGACUAAAAUUCUCUGUUGCAGACUUUUAUCUUUUUUUUUUUUUGGAGGAAAACUGUCAGAAAAUUUCAAUGGUAAAUCAAUUGCAUUUGUCAAGCUGUCUCAUGUAUGUAAGAUAUCUGAAUAUUUUUGGUCAAUAUUGUUUUUUAAAAAACUACCUUUCUUUUUGAAUGUGAGAGGGAAUGCUGUUUUAGUGGUAGAUUUCUUAAAAAAUAAAUUUUAAGGAUAAAAUAAAAAAUAAAAAAAGCUUUUUUAUUAUUAUUUUGAUUUUACAUGUGCCAACAAUCUGUUUAAAAAGUGAAAAUAGAGAAAUAUGCUGUAACAGAAUAAGAGAUUGAUUUUCAUGUAAGCAUUCUUUCAUGACCUUUAAAAGAUAUGGAGAUUGAUUAUAGAGACCAGAGUUUGUAGUUCAUACACAAAAUAUGGGUAAAAUAAACUAUUGUUGUUUUUC